AUGGAGGCGUCUUCCAACGGGUCGAGUUUCGGCAUUGACUCGCUGCUGUCGCACCGGGCCGGGAGCCCACUGAAGAGUGGCAGCGUGGAGGGCAGCUUCAGCCCGCGGUCAGACGCGGAGAGCGGCUGUUCGUCACCGCCUUCACCGCGCCGUGAGUGCGAUGAGAGUGCGGCACAGCGAGCGGCACUGGGCCUUCCGCCGCACCUGCAGCAUGCGCAGCUCUCCGCCGGGCCCCAGCAGCGCACCGUCACCUCUUCGUUUCUUAUACGGGACAUUCUCGCGGACUGUAAGCCCCUGGCUGCCUGUGCACCCUACUCUAGUAACGGGCAGCCUGCUCAGGAGGCGAGCCGCCUGGCCUCCAAGCUCCAGGAGCAGGACUUCAUGGACAAGAUCCACAGCAACUCGUCCUCGGACAGCGAGUACAAAGUGAAGGAGGAGGGGGACCGGGAGAUCUCCAGCAGCAGAGACAGCCCGCAGGUCCGACUCAAGAAGCCGCGUAAGGCCCGGACCGCGUUCACCGACCACCAGCUGGCGCAGCUCGAGCGAAGCUUCGAGCGGCAGAAGUACCUGAGCGUCCAAGACCGCAUGGAGCUGGCCGCGUCUCUCAACUUGACCGACACCCAGGUCAAGACGUGGUACCAGAACCGCAGAACGAAGUGGAAGCGUCAGACGGCGGUGGGCCUGGAGCUGCUGGCCGAGGCGGGGAACUACUCAGCCCUGCAGCGCAUGUUCCCCUCACCCUACUUCUACCCCCAGAGCCUGGUCUCCAACCUGGACCCCAGCGCCGCCCUCUACCUGUACCGGGGCCCCUCAGCCGCCCCCCCCCCGGCCCUGCAGCGCCCCUUAGUGCCCCGCAUCCUUCUCCACGGGCUGCAGGGAGGGGCCGGAGAGCCGCCGCCACCUCCUCCCCCUCCCCUGCCCCCCAUGUCUGGAGUCCUGGCCCGGCCCGCGCAGCAACGGUGA